CUCCUCCACUCUGCUUCACUGCGACUCCCACCUUUUAUCCAAUCUCAUUUCUCAAUACUCCACUCUCAUCAAUCCCUGCCUUAGCCUUCUACUUUCUCUUUCUCCUUCUAUCAAUGGCUUACAGGACAACUACAUGCCGCCAAGAUGACGACGGAAUGGUGGACUGCGAACUGGAAGCGGCCGAGGCGUUGGCCGGAUUAGCACAUUCGGCGCUUCCUAGCCGCUCUACCGCUUCCGAUGCGUCCGAAUCGCCCGCAAACAGCCGCUCUCCGCCGCCGCCUAACGAGCAGGAUCACGAGACCUUGCCUCCCCGGCACAAUAUAGAAAAUCCAUUGCCAAAUAUUUUGGGGUCUGGGAAUGAGUUUGAAAUUAGCCCAAGUCUUACAUGCAGUUUUGAUUAUCCAUCAGUUAUUGGCAGCAAGUCAAGGCAAAAUAUAACUGAGGUUGAAAAGGAAGCACGAAGACUGCGUCGUGUUCUGGCAAACAGAGAAUCAGCUCGGCAAACAAUUCGUCGGAGGCAGGCUAUGUAUGAGGAAUUGACAAAAAAAGCAGCUGACCUGGCAUUGGAGAAUGAGAAUUUGAAGAAGGAGAAGGAGUUGGCAGCAAAAGAGUAUGAUUGUUUGAAAAGCACAAAUAAUAGCUUAAAAGCACAGAUGACUAGUGUAGUGAAGGAAGAGGCACAGGAUAUACAUGAAGUUUCUAACUCAACACAACCAGAAAUGUCUACAGCUCCGAGCUUCUUUUAUAAUCGCUCUCCUAUGAUGCCCUGUAUGUGGAGACCUAUUUUCCAACCCUUAGAUGCUAUUCACUUGCAACACGGAUCGCAGAGUGGUUUUAGCAGUAAUGUUGGAGAACCUACUCCAUUUCUUAAACAAGAGCAUUCCACGAGUAACCCAGCAACUCCAUUCUAUGUAUUGCCAUUCCCUUGGCUCCUCCCUUUUCAUGCCCCAAACCCAUAUUUCCCUCAAUCCUCUGAUCAUAAUGAAACCUCUGUCCUACAUCAAUGCAGCAUGUCAUCUUCAAUAACUCCGGUCAGUAUGGAACAACACCGAAUAUUCUUGCCUGUGAAAGAUGAGAUGGAAGAUUCAAAUUCUACACAAGCUAUCCACAAGGAUGAUUGCAAAGAAGUGGGACUUGGUUUUCUGUCAGGUCUAGGCACCAGCUGCACCACAGAUGGAAUUCGCCAGCAUUUAGAGCCUCAUCCUAAGCAGGCAGCCGCCCUCAUGGCUGGAGCCAAAGUCGGUUCUUUAGGAGGUGAAGUUCGUGAUAUCAAUACCAUUUCUUCUUCAAAUGUUAGGCAAAUAACCCGGGACUCAUUCGAAGACAAGGGCGUGUUGACUUGCCCUAGCAAGAACUCAGCAGAGGCCACUGCAGCUAUAGAAGCCAGGAAAAGGAGGAAGGAAAUCAUGAAACUAAAGAACCACCUCCAUUGCCGUCCAUGUCAUAUGCACUAACCCCAUGUAAUGAGCAGGCGGAAUUCAGGUACAUCUUUCAAUCUCCAUAGGCGGCUUUCUGACCUGGGAAGGAAUUUUGGAAUCCGAGUUACGUAGGCCAUGCUAGUGUAGUACUAUGAUGUUGAUUGCAGACUCGCACAUUUUCUAGACUGAGCUUUGUAUAUAGAGGAGGAACACGGGCAAGGAAAAAGUAAUGCACGUAUCAGUUUCAUUCCCCUUGAGUUUUGAUUUGUGAAAUAUCGAUUCUCCCAGACUCGUUAAAUACAACGAAAAAUAGCAUAUUUAAUUCUAGAGUUA